GUGUUCCUCGAGGUGCUGCCACGGUACCUGGGCUCAGCCCUGGAGCCCACGGGGGACCCCUGGGCUGCGCCCCCUGCCCGGCGGCGCAGCUCCUUCGCCAUCAUGCUCAAAGCCGAGGAGUACAUCCUCAAGAAGCCACGCAGCGAGAUCCUCUUUGAGCGUCAGGGCCAGCGCCAUGGGCUCAACAGGACCCCCGCCUGUGACAGGGUGGACGUCGGCGUCACCAGCACCUUGUACAAGAACCUGGCCAGCGCAGCCCCCGAGAUCCGGGCGUGCGUGGAGGCCUGCAACUUCAUCACACAGACCACGAGAGAGCAGAAUGCGAGCAGCGCGGUGAGUCCCACAUCAGCCUGCUCCAGAACCUGGGGGGCAGAUUGGGGCUGGAGCCCCCAACAGGGGAAAAUCCAUGGGUCCUAGCUCCUAUUCUGACUCUUAAUCUAUUCCACCAGCCCCCACUCCUCUCCCAGAGCCAGG